GUGAUUUACACUCUCUAUCAAUCCAAUCAUCUGAUGAACUAGUUAUUGACCAAUCUGACAGUCUUAUACUAGAAAGCCAGGAUGCAAGUGAAGAAAACGAAACUGAUAUCUCAGACCGUAAAGAUAGAUCAAAAAAACAAAGCUGGGUGUGGAAAUAUUUUGAAUUAGAGAAAGUGACUGAAGUUAUAAAAAAAAGAUCUAAUCAUAUUAAUGUUAAAGCUACAUAUUGUACUUGUCUUGUAUUAAAUGAUUUGGAUAAAAAUUGUAAUACAUGA